GUUUAUUUUUUUCUCAUAGUAAGACAACAGGCGAAUAGGCUAAGAGUGUGUUUUAAGAAAAUUUAACGAUGAUUUUACGAAAAUUGCAGACUAAUUCCACGAAAAGUGGUCUAUUGUUGAGAAGAUGCUUGGAAAACCAUCAAAUUCAUCAGAAUUCAGUGAGGUCGAAGACUGUCUCACAAUGGUGGAAUAAAAUUUGGGGAAUAUUUGACGGUGAAAUAGUCAAACCACCGUACAAUCAUUGUACGCAAAUCGGCGAUCCAAUUCUACGGAAUAAAGCUGCCGAAGUGCCAGUGGAAUUGAUAAAAAGCGAUGAAAUCCAAAAACUUGUUGCCCAGAUGAAGAGAGUGUUGCGCGACUUUAACCUAGUCGGACUGGCUGCACCACAAAUAGGUGUACCAUCUCGUGUGAUUGUCAUGGAGGCAUCAGAACGAUUGCUGGAAAAAUAUCCGAAGAAUGUAUACCAAACGCGGCAAAUGUCCAUUCUACCAUUGACAACUGUUAUCAAUCCGGAACUGAAGGUGAAAAAUUUCAAUAUUAAAACGUUCCCGGAAGGUUGUGCCAGUGUGUGUGGUUAUGUCGGUGAUGUAAAACGAUAUGAAGAGAUUCUGCUAAGUGGUUUCAACGAUAAGGGUGAUGCAAUCGAAAUGCAUCUGAAGGGUUGGAGUGCACGGAUCGCACAGCAUGAAUUGGAUCAUCUAAACGGUCAAGUAUUCGUCGAUAUUAUGGAAAAGAAGACAUUUAGUUGUGCUGCAUGGGAGGCGGUUAACUUCAAUGGCGGCCAACUACACAUACCAUUCUAUCCAGUGAAGCAAAAGUUUAAAGUAAACUUAAAUCCCGCCAAAAAGAGCAUUGUUACAUAAAUUAAACUAGGCAAAUGUUAUUCAAUAUUCGAAUCGAUUUUUUUUUCUCGCUCUGAACCAGAAUAGUGAACCAGUUUGGGUGUAAACGAUUACGAAAAUCACAAUAUUCAUCCUGUGUAUUUACAUAAUAGAACUUUUUUUUUUUUAAUUUCCUCUGUCGUUCCAAGCAAUCCAAUGAAGAGUCUAAAUAAAAUAAUAAUAAAAUCGA